CGUUUAUUUUAUUAAAUUACAUUUCUAUGCCACGCAUCUAUCUAGAGCUUCACCCUCUGCCCUGCACUGGGCUGCCCGUUUCCCACAAAUCUUGCCUUGUGGUUGCUUCUGCAAACCACCAUUCCUGGCACUAGGAUGGAAGCCCUGCAUUUCUUGAAGGUGGGUGGGUGGGAGAUGCUGCCCAGCUUCCCUUUGCUAGAGGAGGGUCAAUCUGCAAAGUGCAGCGGUGGUGCAACCCUAAACCUGCUGAGAAUUAAACCCUUUUGGUGGAAUUUGACAACUAUCACAAUGCCAUUAACGUUGCAUUAUCAGAGAAACACAGAUUCCUGACCACAAAGCUAGGAUUUCCCACUUAGGUUGCAUAAAGUGGUGGCAAAAUCGAAUUUUCACAGGCUGUCUUUAGGUGCAAGAUAUUGUGUCAUCUUUUCAGACAGGUGUUCAUGUGUGUGUGGUUUAUUUUUAUUGCAUCAGGAGAGCCUGGCAAUCUUAGGAUGUUCUUAACACUCUGGGUUGUUUGUGCUGUUAUCUGGUAUUCCACAGAUUUCUUUACCCACAAAUAAUGACCUUGUACUUUGUAAUCAGGUAACAAUGGCUACCACCGUAAAGUCAGAUGAACACAAAAAUAAGCGUAAAAAGGAGGCAAAGAAUGAAACUUCAGGAACUGCACAAUUGGGUUUUUUUGAAAAAAAUGAUCCGAUUCCUGAAAGCUCCCAGAAAUUUCAUAAAACUGAUACUUUGGAAACCAUUUUAAAGGAUACAGGCAAAGAAAUCAAUGCUCUAUUAUCAAAGUAUGCACAAAUUUUGAGUGAGAGAGCAGCAAUGGAUGCUUCGUAUGUAGAGGAGCUUGAAGGAAUCCUGAAAGAAGCUUCUUCUAUAGAACAUCACCUGAAGUUGAAAAGGGAGAAUCUGAGGCACAGUUUUGCAGCAAUUGCAGGCCCUCUACAAAAUGAAGAGGGUGUAUCUGGCAAAUGAUUUGAGGCAUGCGCUUACUGGUUCCGUUGUAUGGGAGAGGGGGAGCCUUUUAACUUCCAUGACAUUUGUACUUCCUUUUUUAUUGAUUUAGAGAAUAGUUCAUAAUUUCAGAACUGUAUAACUUAGAAGGAGCCUCAGUAGUUUUAAUUCAAUUAUAAUUAAGAUGCUGGUUUAGAACAGUUAUGUAGGACUGCUUUUCUAUGGAAAGGCUUAUUAACCUUUCUUUGAAUGACAGAAUGGA